CUUUUCUGAGAACAUCUUUCAUCCUUUUCAAAAAACUUACUUCUGCUUCAACUUCUCAGCUCAGCCAACACAGGCCAAAUACAGUGUGCCACAAGGUGACUUAGUGAUUUAGUCUUUUUGACGGUAGUAGAACAUAUUGAUUCCAGCAACAAUAUGUUUUGUUGAAUUGAACUUUAUUGAUCUAACAGAGGAGAAAAUGUUGUUCUCAGAUUGUGUCUUUCACAAGUUCAGGUGCACAUACUUAUAUGGCAUCAAUAAAAAAAAUGCCAUUCACCUUUUGGUUAUACUAUAAUAAAAAGCACUGUCCCCAAAGACAAGACCUGAGUCAUAUCUCACAGCCUUCACCACAGCGUGCAGAACUUGUGCAAAUAACUCCUGUAACUUCCUCGUUCACUCUUGUGGUUUUGAGCUGCGAGAACGUCUCCCUCUUUUUGUUUUUUUUUUGCUGCGCUUGUCAUUUACCUCCUGCUUUCAUUUCUGAGAGCAGCACAUCGAAGAAAGGGCAAUGGCAGGCGCCUUCGCUUUGCCGCUUCAAGAAUACUUUGCAUCCUUGGAUGAGACCAGCUUGCCCAAAAUUCUGCAAGUGUGCUCUGGAGUGUAUUUUCAAGGUUCUGUGUAUGAACUCUCUGGAAGUGAAGUGUGCUUUUCUACCGGGGAUCUGAUAAAGGUCAUUGGAUUGGAGCUCCACUCAGUUUCUUGUCAGGAUGUUCUCAACAAUGAGAAUUUCGAGCUACCAAUCACUCACACAGGCUUGUUCAGAGUGGUGCCAGACGAGAUGCCUUUCAGUUCGGUCAAAGAAAUGAUGAGCUUAAGGCCCGUCAGCUUGGAUUCCUGCUUGCCCUUUACUUUCACCAGCCGCUCCAAGAUGACCGUUGGGGAUCUCACCCUGGGAGCUGGGAGAAUGUUGACUGUGCUCUCCAUCGAACAGCAGGAGGGUCAAGAAGACCAAGUACGAUGCCACCUCAAAGGAUCACAAGAGACCUCUGCCGAAGUGUGCAUUCCUAUGUCUUUCCGGGGGGAGUUUUAUGAAUGCGAGAGCGAGGAAAGCUUCAGUCUACAGGAGAUCAUGUCUUCAUCGACCCUGCGUAGUCGGAGGUUUCGCUUCAGUAACACUGCCAAGUGUCAACGACCCCUCAUCUUUUCUCCAAUAUAUCAGAUCCACGCCAUCAUGAGUAUGAGAAAGAAUGCAUUGAAGUUCCCAUCCAGUUUAGAGAUUGAUGUGGUGGAUAUCACUAACACAUCCCAGGACAUAGAGUUCGUCACCCCCCUCAGUCUGACAGAAGUCAUGUCUCAGCCGGAUGAAAUGUUCCCCACGGUUGUGGCAAUCUUGGAUCCCCCUGUGAAUCACUUCAUGUUCAAAAGCACAUGGACGGCAAAGCUCAACAAGGAAACUCGCUUGCUUUUACACAAGAAAACGACAAAAUCCUUCAUGCUGCUGUCCACCCCAAAGAGCCGAAAGACGCAGCAGUAUUUCCUUGUGUGCCCGCAGUACAAGGGACGCUUUCGGAAAAGACCGAGAGAGUUUAACUCGGCCUAUGAGCUGUAUGUCGCUUCAACUCAGACAGGCAGUCUGAACGUCAGUGUGACAAAGAACUGUGAGGAGGACGUGGCGGAGGGCCUUCCUGCCCUCAGUGUUGGGGAGAAACUGGAGAUUGUAUGUUGCACAAGAAUGGAGUUAUCGUCUGAGAACAGUAAAGAAGAGACACAGUCUGUUGAGGCUCUUUUAUGCCAACGACUCCAAGAGCAAGAUGAUGAAGAUGACAGUGACAGCGACGAAGAAGGAGUUGAAAAGGAUGAUAAAAAAGAUGAAGUUUUUCUGCCCCUUUAUAUGCAAGGUCACUUUGUGGAAGUACUUUCUGAUAAUAAGAAGUACAAACUCAGCGACUUGGGUGAAAACUGUAGUCUUCCACUGGACAUGAAGGUGGUGAGUCGUGACACAGAACUGGAGACAGAUCCACUGUCAGGGUUUUCAUGUCUCAGAUUAGAAGCAAUCAUCUCGGAGCCCGUCAUCCAGGCAAGCUUCCUUCACAAGCCCGAACAUUGUUUUGACAUCCCCAUCCAGUGGCUCUCCAUGAACGUAAUUUUCACCAAGGACUCUUUGCCUGAAGGUCAACCCCCCAAAUGUUAUGUAGAAAAGGUCACUGAGGUGAAUGAUUAUUUCUUUUAUGAGUUUCGCAAGCAAGCCUGCUCGAAUGAAGCUCCCCCGCCUCGGCCGCCAAAGAGAAGUUUGCCUACAGAAAAGUCAAGCAAAAAGGCGUCAAAGAGCAAAAAGAAAACAGGCAAAACGAAUAAGACAAAACACCGAAAGGAGAGCGCCAUCCCGAUCGAGGAGAUGAGUAAUCUGACUUUAACUAACAAGCGGAGACCACCAGCCCCACCACCUCCAGAGGACAUAACUGAUGAGCCUCCACCUAUUGUACCCCGAAAACACCCUGAAGAUAAAGUGGCAGCAAGUAGGGCUGUACAAAACACUUACGUGAAAGUGAACCAAUCAGAAAAAACACAAGACACAGAUGAAAACAGUGACCAUGACUACGAAACUCUGGAUGAAAAUUUGGUGGCUAUGAUGAAGACGGCACAGGAGAGCGUCGUGUUCUACUGAAAAAAAAAAACGGUUCUUAAACUAGAUUUAAGGGCAGUACAGGUAUUGCUGUCGCUACAAUUUUAAGCACUUCAUUUGAAAAACCAUUUAAAAAAAUAAUGACACCAUGCUGUGUUUAUCUCAAACUGUCCAGAUGCAAACUACAAAUAUAUAAGUUUAAACCAGCAUUUGAUGAAACGAUUUUCUCUUGUGAAGAACAGUCCAGUUUUCAUCUAUCAUUUACUCAAACUCUUUUGUGGUUGGACACAUCCUCCAACUCCCAACAUGUAUUUGAAGCUACCAAUGUGUAAAACUUUUGAGAAAAGUUGGAAUAUGGUACUUUGCAGCUUUUUUCUUUUAUUGUUUUUGCAUUAUACUACCUAUGUGUUAGCUCCGGUACAUAUAAACUGCAAAACCUGAGCAACAAGACAAUGCAAACCAGAAUUAGCUCUCUGUUUCUAACCUGAAAAUGUAUAUUUUUUUUUUUUUUCACAGCGGUGUUAAAAUGCAGCGCUGCAUGGUAGUAUCAUCCUUCCACCAGCAACGGAAACUCUAAACAAAACGCUGCGAACAAACUUUGAUGAGAAGCCACAGACAUAACCACAAUAUGUGAGACCCAAGCCCCCCCAUUAGCUUUUCUGAUAUAUUUAUUUUUUUUAAUUUACAGCACAAAGGUGGAAUUAUUAUUCAUGUAUGGUGAUUUGUCAAAGACUGCAUAUCUUGAUUGACCUCUGAAAAUAAUUGAAAAGUAAAGACUGUUGAACUACUUUAAUAAAAAAUGUUUCACUAUAUAUGUGUUGUGUGAAGAGUUUUAUCCUAAAAGGAAAUAGUUUUGUGGUUGAACACAAAAAUCAUCCGUGAAAAUGUAAUCCUGAACUAACGUACAAAAAAGUCUUCAAGGCUUUUAUAAUGCAAGAAAAGGUGAAAAAUAAUUCCUGCUCAGAUUUAACUGUUUUAUUUUAUUAAGAAAAAAAAUAUCUUGGUUUACACACGAGUACAGAAGACAAAUACAAGUAGAUCUUGAGCACUUUUUGCAAAAUCCUUUUUAUCCUUGCGAAAAAAGAAAAAAAAA